AUGUCCUUAGAAACUCAACGACGUUUUAUAUUAUCUGAAUGGCGAAUAGUUAUGGUUAGUCAAACAUCAUAUCCAAUUAUGUAUAAAAUUGAUCGACCACUCCGAUCUAAUGAAGCAUCACAAUCAUUUGGAACAAAUUAUGCUGCAGUUAAGAUUCCAUUAGGCAAUAGAAUUAUUACAAAAUGGCAAGAACAAGUACGCCCAAUCGAUAAUGAAAAUGAGAAAAAUGAAUCUAAUAAUCCAUGGUCUCGUAAUUAUAACAACGUCACAAGUGAUAGCAAUCAAGAGACUAAAACUACUCGUGUGACAGAUCGUACUCAAAUUCAUCAAGUUCUUGCAGGCGUUGGCCUAGAUCCGAACGAUUAUAUUAUUAGUCCAUCACCAGAGGAUCAGUUAUCCCGAGAGUCAGCAUCUAAUAAAACAUCAGCUUUUACUACCUAUCCUUCACCACCAGAGCAGAACGCUCAACAUCCAUUGACAUCGCAAUCGCAUUCCUUAUUCACAUCCGCUCGACCUCUUUCAUACGUAGAACAACCUCCACCUCAACCUCCACCAGCGCAACUUUUUCCAGGUUAUCCAUCGACACAAUCAAAUAACAAUCAACCACCAAUCAAUCAACAACAAGGUCCACAACUACCACCACCACCAACCUCACAAUCAACAGCAUCGUCACUAUCAUUUCUUUUCAAUCAACCCUCAUCAAACACACAAAAUACAAUCUCACAAAACACAACCUCACAAAAUAUACCUACACAAAAUACAACUACACAGCCAUCUAACGAUAUGAGUCAUUACUGCGUUUCACCAAGACGAUCUCCUCCACCGCCACCAUCGCAUUGUCACCCCCAUCAUCAUCACCAUCAUCAUCAUCAUCGUGAUUCGUCCUUGUCAGCCGAACAUUAUAUACAUCAAGUUAAUUCACACUGUAACCCACCUGUUAAAGUAGUAAAACCGAGUACACAAAAUGUUGUCUAUAAAAAGGAAAUUCGUAUUCGUUAUUUACAACCACCUACACCACCACCACCAGCACCAAUUAUAAUUCGUGAAAAACAUAUACCACCAGAUCCACCUCAAUCUCCACUUCUUAUUCGUGAGCGAAAACCAGAAGCUCGUACACCACCACCAUUGACUAUCCGUGAACGUCCACCAACACCACCUAAACCACUUGAACCAUAUAUAAUUGAAAAAAAACUUCCACCACCUCCACCUCAUCCACGUCAAAUUAUUAUCGAACGUUUACCAACUCCACCACCAAAACCUCGUACAGUUAUAUUUGAAAAAUGGUUACCAUAUAAAAAACUUAAACGUCCUGUCCUAUUGCAACGAGCUCCAACACCAGAACCUAUUAAACCAGCACGUAAUGUUGUUAUUGAAUAUGAACCAUUAAAAGCUUAUACAGUUCGACGUGUUAUCGAAGAAGGUGUAUUUCGUGUUGAUCCAUGUCAAUUUUCAAGUUACAAUGCUAAAACACAGAAUUGUGGUGGUGACGUACGUAUUGUUGAACGUAUUGAAGAUUUACCACCACCGAGUGAACAAUUAAGACGUGUUUUAAAUGAAUAUAAUUGUGAACAUCGAUGUAGUCCAUCACAUAUAAGUCGUCAUGAUUAUCAUUCACAUCAGAAUUUAUCUGAACAUAUUCCAUCAUCGAUUCAACAUUUAUUAACGGGUGCACGACCUACAUCAAAUAUUGAUCAACUUACAAAUGUAUCACGUUCAUCAAGUACACCAGCUCAUAGACAUGAUCGAGUUCUAUCAACAGGCAGUAAUUCAUCAGUUCCAAGUCCAACCCAUGCACGUCUUCCAAGUUCACAUUCGAAAACUUCCAAUCGUAUAGUAGAACAACGUUCACCACCUCACGGUAGUCCAAUACGAUAUCAUGAGGACGAUAUCUAUUAA